AUGCUGACCAGCAGUGGAUUAACCCCGGAGACUUGGAGCCAGAUGGUGCAAGAGGCUGCUCACGGGGCAGCAGAUCUCUUCGAGGAGAAAGUGGAAGCCACAUACUCGAAGAAACAGCUGCACAAGUGGACCCUUGAUGAAUGCCGCAGCAUCGAUGCUGACAACUACGUGAUGAAAUCCAAGUAUCGCCGGCAGAUGUUUCAACACGUGGAACGGCAGUUGCCGAUUCUCGUAUCCCGGGAGCUUGGCCAGGCAAUUGAUGACAUGGUGAGCAGAAUCGAGCAGCAACUGACUACUGAGUGGAGCGCGAGUCAAGCUCAUGGCAGCGUGGCUUUGAGUCACCAUCUGCUUGAACCCUUGAGGCACGACCUUGGCCUGCUUCGUACGGAACUGCAGAAAGCCGUGCAGGACGAAGAGAUGGAGCAGUUUCGCAAGAACUUAGCUGCUGCGGGUCUCGUGGUAGUGGGUAUGGCAGUCCUCGGUGGCGUCGGCGGUGGUGUUGGAGCAGCUGCCGCCUCGGUUGUGGCACCAGUUGCUGCGGUUGGCGGGCACACAGCUAUGCUGGGAGGCGUCCUCAGAGCGAAGCAAGUUCGUGGAUGA